CGCCCCCACCCAAUGGCGACGCACAGGCGAUCGGUCGCCUGAGGGCAGAUUUGGAUGGCGCAAUGGGUGUCAUGCGUGACAACAUGCGGAAUAUGGCAGAACGUGAUGUUCAACUCCAAGAUCUUGAAGGCAAAAGCAACACACUUCACGUGGCCUCGGGCACGUUCAGCGCCCAUGCCACGCGCUUGCGCAAGGAACAGGAGUGGCAGAGGUGCAAGACACGUUUGGCCAUCAUCUCUGUCGUCCUUUUCCUGAUUUGGAUUCUGAUCUUCAUCUUCAUUGGCGAGCGCAUGACCUUCCUCAUCAUCAGCGCGGUGCUGUUGGCUAUCAUUUUGCCUUUGACUUGGUGUGGCAUCAGGCAUUGGAGACAGCAGGAAGAUCAGGAGUCUUUCCGCGACGUCGAUGGUUAUCCUUUGGACUGAGCGUAGAACAUGCCCUGAUUGCUGGCAGGUGGUUGGCGGAUCUGAGGGGGCCGCACCACUGAGUACAUGGGGGGAAACCAAAAAAUUCGGAGACCCUAAUUUGGCUUCCAUGGUCACCAAAGA